AGGGCUGCAGAAGCAGGACUAUGUCCACCAUGGUGUACCCAAGGGAGGAGAAACUGGACAAGCUGAGCCAAGAGGAGAUUAUUUCCAACACCAAGCUGGUGAUGCAAGGUCUGGAGGCACUCAAGAAUGAACACAACUCCAUCCUGCACAGCUUGCUGGAGACCAUCAAGUGCCUGAAGAAGGAUGAAGAAGCCAACCUUGUGCAUGAGAAAUCCAACCUGCUCCGCAAGUCAGUGGAGAUGAUAGAACUGGGGCUCGGGGAAGCUCAGGUGAUGAUGGCCUUGUCCAAUCACCUGAAUGCUGUGGAGUCAGAGAAGCAGAAGCUACGUGCUCAGGUGCGAAGGCUGUGCCAGGAAAAUCAGUGGCUGCGUGAUGAGCUUGCCAACACCCAGCAGAAGCUGCAGCGCAGCGAGCAGACCGUGGCACAGCUGGAGGAGGAGAAGAAACACCUUGAAUUCAUGAACCAGCUGAAGAAGUAUGAUGAGGAUGUCUCGCCUUCGGAGGAGAAGGAGGGUGAUUCCACCAAGGACUCUCUGGAUGAUCUGUUUCCAAAUGAGGAGGAGGAGCAUGGUCCUGGAUUGCCCCAUCAACAUAGCAGUGCAGUGGCAGCUGCCCAGCAGGGAGGCUAUGAGAUCCCCGCGCGCUUGCGCACCCUUCACAACCUUGUCAUCCAGUACGCCUCACAAGGACGCUACGAGGUGGCCGUGCCGCUCUGCAAGCAAGCGCUGGAGGACCUGGAGAAGACAUCAGGCCAUGACCACCCCGACGUGGCUACCAUGCUCAACAUCCUGGCUCUGGUGUACAGGGAUCAGAAUAAAUACAAAGAGGCAGCACACCUGCUGAAUGAUGCGCUCUCCAUCCGUGAGAAGACCCUGGGCAAAGAUCACCCAGCGGUGGCAGCAACCUUGAACAAUCUGGCUGUUCUCUAUGGCAAGAGAGGGAAGUACAAAGAAGCAGAGCCGUUAUGCAAGCGAGCCUUGGAGAUCCGUGAGAAGGUCCUAGGCAAAGACCAUCCUGAUGUGGCCAAGCAGCUGAACAACCUAGCCCUGCUGUGCCAGAACCAGGGCAAGUAUGAGGAGGUGGAGUACUAUUACUGCAGAGCACUGGAGAUCUACGAGAGCCGCCUGGGUCCUGAUGACCCCAAUGUGGCCAAGACCAAAAACAACCUGGCUUCCUGUUACCUGAAGCAAGGCAAAUACAAGGACGCGGAGGUGCUGUAUAAGGAGAUCCUCACCCGUGCUCAUGUGAAGGAGUUUGGCUCUGUGGAUGAUGAGCACAAGCCGAUCUGGAUGCAUGCAGAAGAGAGAGAGGAGAUGAGCAAGAGCAAGCACAGAGACAGCGCUCCCUACGCUGAGUACGGCGGCUGGUACAAGGCCUGCAAGGUUAGCAGCCCAACGGUGAACACCACCCUGAGGAAUCUGGGCGCGCUGUACCGGCGCCAGGGCAAGCUGGAGGCGGCUGAGACCUUGGAGGAGUGCGCGGUUCGCUCUCGGCGGCAGGGCAUUGACCCCAUCAACCAGACCAAGGUGGUGGAGAUCCUUAAGGAAGGCAAUGGAACAGAGCGGCGGCGGAGCCUGGGCGGCAGCGUCAAGUACGAGAAUGCCACAGACGGUAGCGAGGAAGUGAGUAUGGGCGUGGAAUGGAGCGGGGAUGGCAGCGGCACCCUGCAGCGCAGCAGCUCCCUGGGCAAGAUCCGCGACGUGAUACGCAGGAGCAGCGAGAUGCUGGUCAAGAAACUGCAGGGCAACGGCCCGCUGGAGCCCAGGAACACGAGCAUGAAGCGAGCCGCGUCGCUGAACUACCUGCACAAGUCCAGCGAUGCUUCGUUCGAGGGCACCCAAGGCCUCCGCGCGGAAAGCAGAGGCCUGAGCGCCAGCAGCAUGGACCUCUCCUUGCACAGCUCCCUGCUGGCCUCCAACUGAGCACCCGCGGGCACA